CCUGUUAUAGUAUAAUGUACGGCAGUUAGGAACAUAUUCAUGUAUGAAGAAGUCGUCUUUGGUGUUAAAAGAAAAUAGUGAAAGUAAAUAUUGAGUGAAAGUGUUUAGAAGAGAAAAUGUCGAACACAACAACGUACCUACGGAUGGUAGGCUACGUACUGACGAUAGCGAUGCAUGUCGGUAACCUGGCGUACAUCAACACCGGCGUCAAACCUGAACUGGUGAACGAUCCCCAGUUGAAGAGCUUCAGCAAAUUGCAGCCUAGAUAUUUCACUUGCUGGACCUUUUUCCUCCAAAUAGUCCACGCGUGGGUCGGUCUGAUAUGCGACGGUUUGAUACUGUCCAACUCCAACAACAAGGUGUAUAAACUGCCUAAACACCUCAGAGGGUUUAGAGAUACCUUGUUUACUGCGAUAUUAUGGCCUUCUACAUGGGUAGUAUUCUCAGUGUUCUGGCCACUGUAUACGUACGACCGGAGUCUAAUCUAUCCAGACUUUGUGGACAAAGUACUGACAAGUACUUCCAACCACAUCAUGCAUUCAGCGAUAGUGCUGGUGGUUCUGUGGGAGGUGUGCUUCCAACCGAGAAUCGAACCUAGGUCCCACACGCGGAAUGUCUUUUAUUUGACGUUCCACUUUCUGCUAUAUUUUGCUGUGUUGAUUUACACGUAUAUAGAACGUAAUGUAUGGAUCUACCCCAUCUUCGCAGUACUCUACGGUACUAUAUACUUCCCAUUGAUUCCUAUUACCAUAGGAAUUAUGGCGUAUUCCUACUAUACAAUGCAAUGGAAGCUGUCCAAUUAUAUUUGGUCGAGUUUAGGAAAAUCUCAGAAGAUUAGAUGAUAAAUAAAUGUUUUGGUAUU